AUGAAGCCAUCAAUAAACGAGAAGGGUUUUGAGCCGACAGACACCUCGGACAAUGCGUCCGUUGUCGAGAUUAACGAGGCCGUGGCAUACGACCGCAGUGCGACUAAAAAGCUCUUGAGAAAGCUAGACUGGCAUAUCAUCCCGUUCAUGUCAUUGAUCUACUUACUCUGUUUCUUGGAUCGCACCAAUAUUGGAAAUGCCCGCCUUGACCAUCUCGAGCAAGACCUCAAUCUCAAAGGCUUGCAAUACAAUGACUGCCUUGCUAUCCUUUUCCCGUUUUACAUCGCAGCUGAGAUCCCUUCCAACAUGAUGAUGAAGCGCACUCGACCUUCCAUAUGGCUCACCUUCAUCAUGGUCGGCUGGUCAGCCUCCAUGAUUGGUCAAGGUUUUGUGAAGAAUUACUCUGGUCUGAUGGCUACCCGGGUCUUCCUUGGUGCCUUCGAAGGUGGUCUAUUUCCAGGUGUCAACUACUAUAUCACCCAGUGGUACUGCCGACACGAAUGUGGCUUCCGCAUGGCACUCUUCUUCUCGGCUGCGACUCUGGCCGGUGCCUUUGGCGGGAUACUUGCCAGAGGGAUCGCUGAGAUGAGCGGCACCGGCGGUUUAUCUGCCUGGUCGUGGAUAUUCAUCCUCGAAGGCCUGCUGAGCAUACUGGUCUCGUUCAUUGCAUACUGGGCGAUCAACGAUUACCCCGCGACGACCAAGUUCCUGAGCGACAGUGAGCGAGGAGAAGUGCUGAGGCGUCUGCGUGUGGAUGGUGGAAACCUCUCUGAGACUUUUCACAUGAAGUAUGUGUGGCAGGCCAUCGGUGACUGGAAGAUAUACAUGCACUGCGGCAUCUUCCUGGCUGGCUUUUGUCCCAUCUACGCUUUCGCUCUUUUCUCGCCGACGAUCAUCAAGGGCAUGGGAUAUACCGCCAACAACGCUCAGCUUAUGAGUGUGCCACCAUAUGUCUGUGCGUGUGCUUUCACGAUCGCCGCUAGCUAUGCUGCAGAUCGCGUCAAGCAGCGUGGUAUUUUCCUCCUCGGGUUCCAGCUCACUGGCCUCGCUGGCUUUGGGCUUCUAGCGGGGACGCACCACACCUCGGCCCAAUACGGAGGUUUAGUCUUGGCUGCGAUUGGAAUAUACCCUACGAUUCCUCUCGCCAUGGCGUGGAACAGUGGCAACAUUGGUGGGUCCCUUAAGCGAGGAACUGGCAUCGCUAUGCAGGUGAUGGGAGGCAACUGUGGUGGCAUUAUAGCGUCAUACGUGUACUUGUCCAAGGAUGGGCCUCGGUACAUUAAGGGCCACAGUAUUUUACUCGGGAUCAUCAGUCUUGCAUUUCUGCUCACGUUAUUUAUGACCAUCUGGUACCGGAUGGAGAAUGCUCGCCGAGACCGAGUCUCGGGCGAAGUGGGAAGACAAGAGAUGACAGAGGAGCAGAAGGCACUUGAACUGGAACUCGCUGACAAUGCACCUUUUUUCCGAUACACUGUCUAG